AUGAUCGUGGAAUCAUUGUGUGACAUAACGUUCGAAACAGCAGACACCACCACCAACACUUCUUCAUCUACCGCUACAGAAUCAUUAUUAUUAUUAUCACCAUCCAUAAAUUUAUCCGAGGAAUUAUUCAAUAUAAUUCUCGAGAUCCUGAUCGAUAAUGUGCUCUCAUUAUCAUCUUCAUCAUCACCUUCGAAGGAUAUUAAUCAAUUGAUUAGUUAUUAUUUUUACGAAUCAUUUUCUUCCGUGAAUCGUGAUGAUAAUUAUGACCAUCAUGAUAAUGAGGAAAAAAGUGAUAUUUUACAUAAUGAAUAUGGUCGAUUGAGCAAUAUGCUUCAAGUGUAUUCAAUGGUUAUUUACCUAGUUGGCAUAUACAUUUCAAAGAUGAACAUGAGGAUGCAUGGACAAAUAAACAAUGAUAAGGAAAGUACUUCAACCUCAAAAGAAGAGCGGGAACCGAAAAUCGAAAGGAUUCCGAUAAUUAAAGUUUACGAAAAUCUAGCGGAAGUGUUACAUAAAACAGCUCAUGGGAUCGUUAGAGUGUUUGAUGAGUUUCUAAUUCCGUUAGUUAUGUCUUAUCUUGAUCUCAAGACUUUGACUCAAACUAACAACAAAAAAGAUGAUAAUCAUGACUCAAUAACAAUAAUACAAGAAUUAUUCAGCGUUCUCGCAGAUUUAUUUGAUUUACCUACUACAAGUCAUCAGAUUUUCGGGAAAUAUAAUCAAAUCAAAAAGGACUGGAAAAAUUUGUUGGCUUCAAAGUUUGUAUCAACUGGUCUCUUGGAAAUAGCAUUACGACAGAAUCACAACUUCCGACAAGUCCAACCAAACUCCACUAACGGAUUUGACCGAUUUCUUGUUGCCGUUAUUGGUAGAUUAAGUGGAUUCUUGCUCAAUGUCGAAGAAAUAGACGGUGGUGGUGGCAUUAGACAAGGAAAUGUUAUGCCAGAGAAUUUUGCGUUUGGGAAUUUACCGGGCGAAGAUAACAAUCAAGAUGAUAAUAUGCUACCACAAACAAUAACAACUUCGACGUCAAAAAAAGGAUACAAAGCAUUAUCACAAUUUCUCACCAAAUAUAUGUCGUUGGAUUUCUUGCAUGAUAAAUAUGAAGAAACGAACAAUCUUAAUCUAGACUUUAAACCACACACAUAUUCGAAAAUACUAGCAUCGAUCAAAUCGAUACUACAAGAAGAAAAAGACAAUAACAAUAAAUCAUACGUAGAAAAUUUCUUUUUCAUGUUCGAUUAUGUAUUUCUCGAGUGGAUUUGGCGAGUGUGUAAGCGUAGUUGGAGUAUGAAGGGAUUUGUUGGUGAUCUGCAGAGUCUACGAAUUGGCGAAAUGUUAUUUGGAAAUGAGUUUGCGACAGAAAUAUUUUUGUCAUUACUCACAAACUCUAUGCUUAAUGAUAAGACUAUUGUCCAACAAAAACAACAAUCUUUUCAAUUCAAAAUAGUUGUCUCAUUAACUGUUACGCUCUUAUCAUCAUCCUCAUCAUCUUCCGAAAACAUCAACAAUAACCACAAAAAUUAUAACAAUAAUGAUGAUAAAAUCAGUAACCCAGUUAUAAACAACGUACUAGUAUUUUGGACGACAUUAUUGAAAUAUGUUCUUUUCGGUGGUAGUGGAUCUGGUAUACUGAUGUUGGAGAGAUUACCAUUAGAUUGGUGGCAACCCAUAAAUCACAUUUUAUUGGUACUAGGAAAACGAUUUAAUCGUUAUAUCGUUGAUAAUUUGGGUUCAUUGUCUGGAGUUCUAGAUUACGCCUUAAGUCUCCUACAAUCAAUUAAUGAAUACGAGAAGAUCUCAAAUUCCAUGCAUCCAGAAUCUAAAAAAGACAAUAAUGAAAAUGAGCCAGAGAAUGAAAUAUUCUUUAUAGCUGAAAAAUUCUUACUAAUUGUUAAUUUCUUGUCAAUUCUUGCAAAUAUAUCUACUGGAAAAGCAUUAAUAGAAAUUCAACAGCAUCCAAUAUUCUUACCCGCUCUUCGUGACCGAAUUUCUCGUAAAAUUAUUUCAACACAUCCUAGAAACACCGCAGAGUUUAAAUAUAGAUUAGAAAUCGUGUCUGUAAUUCUGGGGCUCUUGAAUAAAUCUAUUCCUGAGGUAAUAUUAUUUCCAUCAAUGAAUGAAAUCCUCAUGUUCUUGCAUAUGGCAAAGAUCGAAUCAGCUUUGAUUGCUGGUCAUUUAUGCACAACUGUCAAAAGAGGAUUUGAUCUCACAUUAGAGAUUUUUCGGAAAAAUACAAAGUGGAUUUAUAUUAGUAUUUGGAAUAUACUGCGGGAUUUUGUUGUUUCCGAGAUCGAUAACCAGUUUACGUGGUUUUUACUUUUACUGAUAUCUGAUAGUUUUCAGACAAUGAUAGAAAAAAGUCCACCUCAAUUAGUACUGCCUGGUAAUAAUAAUGCUGGUAGUAGUAAGUUGUGUAGAACAUACCUUUUAUUGGGAGCAUUCAGACUUCUUGAAUUUUUCACGUUACAAAAUCCUUUAUGGAUAAAAGAAAUUUUCACCGAAAAUAUAAUAGACAUGAUAAUCUCGUUACUUGAUCAAAUAGUCACAAACAUUGAACAAAAAUCUUGCGCUGUUACGAAUUGUGUUAUGGAUGAUGAUGAAUUUAAUUGUGAAGAAUUGUGUUAUGUUUUGUUGAGUAUCAUUCAAAAGCUCUUGCAAGUCUCGUUGAUUACCAAAACUCAUCACCAUCACCAGCAUAUAGCAAGGAUACUUGAUUCCUUUGUGUUGCAUCGACAAGAACAACUGAGCAACAUACCAACUGAAGAAACAAUCAGCUCUAAAAUAAUAUCGGAAGAAUUACUUUUUAUCAAGUAA